GCCCCGCCUUGGCCAGCCCAUCAGGCCCCUGAGUCUGCCGUCUAGAGCGCGCCACCGCCGGGCUCCUGGUGCUACCCAAGGCAUCUCCCAAACCGCCAAAUCUCCUGAGGUUCUCCCUGGCCCAAACCCAUGGAGCCAGCAAUGCUGGCUCCCCACAACCUCCCACACCACGAGCCAAUCAGCUUCGGCAUCGAUCAGAUCCUGAGCGGCCCCGAACCCCCCGGGGGCGGCCUAGGCCCGGGUCGUGCGGGCCAGGGCCAUGGGGAGAGUGCGGCGUACUCUGGUGGAUUCCACGGAACCUCAGGCUACGGACCCGCUGGCUCACUGGCUCCGCUACCCGGCAGCUCUGGAGUGGGCCCGGGCGGCGUGAUCCGCGUCCCUGCGCAUCGCCCGCUGCCUGUGCCACCACCCACGGGAGGUGCGCCGGCAGUGCCUGGGCCCUCGGGUUUGGGCGGCGCCGGGGGCCUAGCUGGACUCACCUUCCCCUGGAUGGACAGCGGCCGCCGCUUUGCCAAGGACCGGCUCACGGCUGCGCUCUCACCCUUCUCCGGGACGCGCCGCAUAGGCCACCCCUACCAAAACCGGACGCCCCCGAAGCGGAAGAAGCCGCGCACGUCCUUCUCCCGCUCGCAGGUGCUGGAGCUAGAGCGGCGCUUCUUGCGCCAGAAGUACCUGGCCUCGGCAGAGAGGGCGGCGCUGGCCAAGGCCUUGCGAAUGACCGACGCACAGGUCAAGACGUGGUUCCAGAAUCGACGCACCAAGUGGCGGCGCCAGACGGCGGAGGAGCGGGAGGCAGAGAGGCAUCGCGCGGGCCGGCUGCUCCUGCACCUGCAGCAGGACGCGCUACCGCGGCCCCUGAGGCCGCCGCUGCCCCCGGACCCGCUCUGCCUGCACAACUCGUCCCUUUUCGCGCUGCAGAACCUGCAGCCCUGGGCCGAAGACAACAAGGUGGCUUCCGUGUCCGGGCUAGCCUCGGUGGUGUGAGCGACGCCUGCUCAAUCCGCCAGGCGCUCUUUUCAGGACGGAUGCGCAGCUUGGAACGCUGAGCCCCGAGCGGUGGAGCGCGCGGCUCCCGGCGCCCAUGGUCCUGUGGCGCCCCAGCGUGUGAGGAGCAGCAAGCCCUUGAGGCUAUCGUCGAGGGCUCCGCGGCCCCCGGCGGGCUCCCAGGCCGGCGUAGCGCAGAUGCCAGGCGCGCUCAGACAUUGCCUUUCCCGCCAUUUCCCGCUUCACAGCUGGCACCUGAGGCGCCGAGAAGGCGGGACUUGCAGCACAGUAGCCAAUGAAAUACGGGAAGGGGGACGGGCUGGCCAAUGGGAGCUGCCCUCCUGAGGGACUCUGGAUUCUUGGAGGGUAGGUUGGGAGCUGGGUUCUGCGGGCACCAGCUGCGUUCCGACCCGAGCUGGGAAGGGCGGCUGCAGCCGGUGCUGGUUGGGUCUGUACGAGGUUUCGUGAAGGAAGGAAAACGCCAACGACGGCGGAGUAAUGGAGGAGGUGCUGGAGCUCAACAGUCUGGCUGAUUGUGACAGGAACCAGAGGGUUGUCCACGCUGGGCAUCUCAUCCCUCAACUGUAAAAUAAUCGCUAAGGAUUCCUUCCUGCCUUUGAGCCUCAUGUUGUCGCAUGCGCUCAGCCUGCUGGCUAUGUCCUCCCUCUUGAGCCUCACAAUACGCCUGGGUGGUAGGCGAGACAGACACUUAUCCACCCAACUAAACAGAAAAUCUAGGAAGAAAAUCUGGCUCUGGUGUCGCACAGGGAGGGACAAAGGAGGGAGAGGAGGAAACAGUGUAUAAAGUUAAUGGGCACAGUAGAGUUAGGGUGAGCAGAAUUCAGCAAAUAAUUUGAAAGUGACAAGACUAAGAAUGACAGAUUCCAAGACUGGAAAUGUGGAGGAUCAGGAAAUCAAUGGUGCUGUGGAUGAUAAAGGGGAAAUUGGAAAGAUUGGAGCAAGAUUAACUUUAUAGGCAAAACUAAAUGCUAGACCUAGAGAGAAUAAAUACUGGAAAACUGCCUUUGAGGGAGAUCAGUUGACAUUCACAU